UUCAGAAACGUGUGUGUGUGUGUGUGUGUGUGUGUAGGGGGGGAAUUGAUUUACUGAUCAGCUUGUUAUGUUGAGCCUUUGAACCUUGUACUAAUACAGGAGCUGGCACGUGAUGUGGUGUUUUUGCUGUCUGUUUGAAAAAUUCUAUUUAUUUUUUAGAGCCCAAAAUUACAAAUGUGCCAAUGUGCACAUACGACAGCCUCUGUCCUGAUACCUAUAUAUCAGGAUAACACCACAGUCCAUGGAAACCUGUGAGGCGAGAAAGCACAAAGACUUCGGGGAAGAAGCAGAGUAAUGUGCAUUAAUGGGACAGGAAUUCAUACAGAAGGAGAUUUUAGCAACCGCUCUUUGCAUAUUGAGAUCAGAGCAAUAAUUAGACGUUUAUUUUAAAUCACUGUCCUUUUUUGGGGGGUGAUAGUCAAACAAACAAGACACUUGAAGGCAUCUGAGGCUCUGGGAUAUUGUGACAGGCAGCGAAGAAGAAAUAUUGUCCGGUUAAUCUGUAGUGACUGAUAAUUCGUUGCAGCACUUAUUGUCAUUCUGUUGUGAAGAUGAAGGCAAAGAGCUCAAAUCAAAGAUGUCUUCUUUUCCAGAUCACCAUGUCCCAGGCCGACGUAGACCCCUCCUCCGCUGACAUGCCCCUGCACACUGACCCCGGCCCCUGUCCGGACGUCCCAGCAGCCUUUGCGCCGCCUCCAGCUACCCUGCAGUCUCCUUUGAUCCCCGAGAGUCUCGACCUCCCGCAGUCCGCCGCCGAGGGGACCGGCGCGGAGGACACCUCGGAGGGUCCGAGGGACCAACCAGAGCCUGCUGCCGGGGGCCAGGUGAUCAUCUGUGACCAACCGGUGAGCCUGGAGCCGGAGCCCGAGGCUGCAGAGGAGGAUGUGGAGAGUUCACCUCAGGAGAAAGACAAAGGUUGGGGAGGUUGGAGUUCAUGGGGGAAAUCUCUCCUGAGCAGCGCCUCCUCCACAGUGGGUCAGAGCCUGACCUCGGUUAAAACCAAGGCCGGAGAAGCGCUGCGUCUCCACAGGACCUCAGUGGGAGAGGAGGCGCGAGAAGAAGCAAAAGAGGAGGAGGAGGAGGGAGCUGAGGAGGAGGGAGCUGAGGAGGAGGAGAAGAAAGAGGGAGGAGGUGAAAGUGGAGAGACUGAGCUGUCCGGCUCUGUGGAGACACCUGUGGGUGCUGCAGCUUCUGGCAGAGGCGUCUUCUCUACGAUCACACACGCCGUGCAGAACACAGGUAAGUCGGUGAUCAGCGGCGGUUUAGACGCCUUGGAGUUCAUCGGAAAGAAGACCAUGAUUGCUCUUGCUGAGACCGACCCGGGUUUCCGAAAGACCAAGACCCUGAUGCAGAAGACGGUGUCCCUGAGUCAGAUGUUGAAGGAAGCCAAAGAGAAAGAGCGCGCCAGUCUGGGCAACCAGCCAAUCAGCGCACCCACAGCUCACUACAGCAUCCUGUUUGACGACUACCAGGGCCUGCCGCACCUCGAGGCCCUGGAGAUCCUGUCCAAUGAGAGCGAGGCCCAGGUCCAAACCUUCCUCUCCUCCCUAGGGGAAGAGGAGCAGGAGGAGGUGAAGAAGGAGCUGAUCUUCAUUAAGGACAUCUUCAUCAAGCGAGAGGGAGGGGAACAAGUAGAAGGAGGAGGACAGGCGAAGGAUAACGGUGAUCUAAGUUCCCACUCACACUGUUCUACCCCCCUAUCCGCCGAUGGCGAGGAGUUUGUGAGCGUUCUCACCGAGCUGCUGUUUGAGCUUCACGUUGCCGCGACGCCGGACAAACUCAACAAGGCACGGAGGAGGGCCCACGAUUGGGUGAGCGAGGUGGAACAGCCCGUCACUAUGGAGACGGUUGACAUGGAAAAGCAGGACCAGCCAGCAGGAGACGCCUCACCUGGCGAGAAGGAAAAGGAGGAGAUGGAGAAGAAGGAUGGGGCGGAGCAGCAGGGGGGCGAGGGGAAGGGUGGAGAGGAGGAGGAUGAGAAGGACCCCAGAUCUUUAGAGGCAGUCUACCUGUCGUCAGUAGGCAGUCUGGCAGAAGUGACGGCUCGCAGCAUCGAGCAGCUCCACAAGGUGGCAGAGCUCAUCCUCCACGGCCAGGACCUGGAGAAACCAGCCAGAGACCAGGCUCACAUCCUCACCAGGUUGACAUGUGCCAUGUGUAAGGAGGUGGAGUGUUUGGCCAAGAAGUUCUCCGACACACUGCUUCUUGUUGGGGACCAGAGGAAAGCAGAGGAGUUGAAUCCGCUGGUGGACAAUGUGCAGUUAGAGGGCUCCAACAGUACCAACUACAUCGAGAAUGCACUGCAGCUGCUGCUGCCCGUCCUGCAGAUCUCCCACAUCCAGAGCCUGCACUGUCGCUCCACCACAGAACCAGCAGCAGAGACGCAGCACUAACACACACACACACACACAUACACGCACACACACACACACACACACACACAC